AUGCGCCAUGUUCUUUUCUUUUGCUUCAUUUUUGUCUUGAAGGUGAGCACCGACUACGACGAGUCUGACCGUCUGUACUUCGAGGAGCUGUCGUUCGAGAGGGUCCUGGACAUCUACGAGUGGGAGAUGGCUGAGGGAGUGGUGGUCAGCGUGGGAGGACAGAUACCCAACAACUUAGCCAUGCCCUUGAGCCAGGAAAAAAGGAAGGAGGAGUCGGCAAAGGCUGGCGUGAACAUCCUGGGCACGAGGCCCGAGGACAUCGACCGCGCAGAGGACCGCGACAAAUUCAGCGCCAUGCUCGACUCCAUCGGGGUGGACCAGAAAUACCUCUCGGCCGCGGGGGACGCGGCUCAGGACAAGCCGGUGGUUGUGAGCAAGUUCAUCCUCAACGCCAAGGAGAUCGAGUUCGACGGAGUCGCCCAAGACGGACGAAUCCUCAACUACGCCAUCAGCGAGCACGUCGAGAACGCCGGCGUCCACUCGGGCGACGCCACCCUUCUCCUGCCCGCCCAGAAGCUUUGGGUCGAGACAAUCCGACGCGUCAAGAGAGUCGCCUCUGCCAUCUGCAAGGCCCUCAGCAUCUCGGGCCCUUUCAACAUCCAGCUCAUGGCCAAGGAGCAAGACAUCAAGGCGCGUCGCGUGAUUUCGCUCUAGACGUUGUCGUUGUCGACGUAGCUGGCGUUGGUGCUGCCACUGUGAAGGGUGUUAAAGCGGCGGAGUUUGGGGCCAAAAAAACGUCCGGUCCAUUCGGCAAAAUUUGAGGGGGGCACGCGGGUUUGGUUCUUUUUUUGGUUCUUGAGAAUCCCGCUGUUAAUACUGAAUAAACUAUUCAUCAAGUCAAUUUGUUUGUACAGGCAGCUCUGCGUCCAGACAGCAGCAUGGCUCUUCAUGCGUUACACACACCUGGACACAGGUCCAAUAGAGGUGACUGUACGGUCGGUUUUCUCUUAAAGUUAAAGGGCGGACGAACAACACCAAAAAACGUGUUUUUUUGGGCUCUUUGGUCCACGCCCAAGGCGACCGUUGCUCCUCUCGAAAAAGCGAGCUUGCAGCCCUCUACCUGGGGUUUACAGCUAUACCACACAACAAACCGCAUCCGAAUCGCAUCAGCCAACCACGAGAUCUACAUGUCUGAAAACGGCCCCUCCAGUGGGGCUGCAGCGCCCACACCAGCAGACCCUCCCAAAAAAAAAUCGAGGUCCGCGCCGUUCGGCAGCAGGAGGCGCGCUGCGCGAAAGCUGAAUCAACACAAAACGAAGUUUGAAGAGAGGACGGGGCAGUGUAUGGUUGCCACGUCAGCAGAAGAUAACACGCGGCGCGCUAUCGAACGCGGCAGCCUCACCGUCGUAGAGAGAACGCUGGAGGAAACGAAGGAGUUGGUCAAAAGUAAGAAAAUUGCGGAAGAGAGCCAGGCUCAACCUCGCUGCCGCCGCCGCCGCCGCUGCUGCUGCUGCUGCUGUUUUUUUCAGCAGCAGCAGCAGCGGCGGCGGCAGGUGUCUGUGUGGCUUCACCGCCCGGCUGCUGCUCGGGUGUGUCAUGAGGCAUUUGUUCUAGAGUGGGACCGCGCAAUGGUGUUGUGCUGUGCCCCAUAGCAGGGCGCAAAGCACACAGGCGAGCCGCGCCCUCGCGCGUGUGCGUCAGAGGGUCUUUUCGGGAGGUUCCGACGCUUCCGUGCAAUUUCAUUGGUUGGCCGAUU